AUGCUGGCAUCGCUCGCCCACCGCACUCCGCCCCGCGUUGCAGCCGCGUUCGUGCGUGCCAGCUCGUCGCUAAUGUCGGACGUGCACGGCACGACGCACGGCAAGAAGCACUGGAAAAACAAACCGCUGUUUCGUCGCGGAGGUGACAAGCGGUUUCGCAACGGCCAGGAGGCUGCCGACAUGCUAACCGACGAGGUGAUUCGUCGUGAUCCCAACCAGGAAGAGUACGUACAAGCCGUGCAAAACUUUGUCAAUUCCGUGGUACCCGUUUUUGACCGGUACCCCAAGUACGCGUGGGUGAUGAAGACGCUCAUGGAACCAGAGCGUGUGAUCCAGUUUCGAGUGCCGUGGAUUGAUGACGAGGGAAGCAGCCGCGUCAAUCGUGGCUUCCGUGUCCAGUUCUCCAGUGCUUUGGGUCCGUAUAUGGGUGGAUUGCGAUUCCACCCAGAGACGACACACGGUAUCGCCAAGUUCUUGGGCUUUGAAACCAUCUUUCGCAAUGCACUGGCCGGUCCCUACGGCGGGGCGCAUGGUGGCUCGGACUUUAAUCCAAUGGACAAGAGCGAGUCGGAGAUCAUGCGCUUUUGCCAGUCGUACAUGACGGAAUUGGCCAAUUACAUUGGUCCGCACACGGAUGUGCCGACGUCAGGCGUAGGUGUUGGACCACAGGAGAUUGGGUACAUGUUUGGACAGUACAAGCGACUGCGUCAGCUUCACCCUGGAGGCACUGAAGGGAUUCUGAGCGGAGGUGCUUACCAUUAUCCACAGGCUACGGGCUACGGUGUGGCCCACUUUGCCAAUCGUAUCCUCGAAUCCCGUGGCGAGUCAAUGAAGGGAAAGCGCUGUCUUAUCUCGGGUAGUGGCACCGUGGCGAUUAAUGUUGCGCAGAAGCUCUUAGAUCUGGGCGCCAUCCCGAUCGGAAUGAGCGACAACUUUAGUUACGUAAUCGAGGACCAAGGAUUUACAAAGAAAAGUUUGGCGGAGCUCAUGCGCAUCAAGGAAAAGCGCAACGCGCGUCUUGGUGCCUACAUCAUGUCGUCCACCACGGCCAACUACCACCCAAUAGAGGAAGGCCGUUUGUGGGAGACACCUUGCGACUACGCCUUUCCGUGCGCUAUUCAGAACGACGUGAAUGCUGAUGAUGUGCGUCUGCUUGUGAAAAACGGCUGCAAGGGCAUCUUUGAAGGUGCCAAUUUUCCUUGCACAGACGAGGCCGUAAGUCUUAUCAAGCAGCACGGUCUGGCCUUCGGCCCGAACAAGGCUCUAAAUGGUGGCUCCUUUGCGCUGAUCACGAAAAACCUCGGAGCGUCCACGCAGCUAUCCGACGAGGAGGUGGACACGAUCGUCAAAGAGUACAUGUAUGAGCUCUACGAUCGCGUGGCAGCUUCUGCGCAGGAAUUUAAUGCUGCAGGCGAUCUCCACAUGGGCGCUAACAUCACGGCUUUCAUGAGCGUGGCUUCUGCCAUGUUCCGCCAGGGUGUGGUGUAA